AUGUGUCGUCUGGGAUACCUAGACGAAAUCAAACCAAAUGACAAGCAAGAAAGCAUUGACUGCAACCCAAAUUGUCUACCGCACAAACGUUCACCAGCCAACCUCAGCGAAGAUACCACCACACAUAUGACAAAUUUCGACAGACUCUUCAACACCAUAACUUCAAACGAAACGUUGAAUAAAUUGUUUUCAAGAGUAUGUAAUCACUCGAAAAGAAACUUCAAAACAGUUGACGAAAAUGAAAGCAGAAACAUUUUUUCAGACAGAUCUCAACACCGUCAUCCAUCGUUCGAAUCCACAGAGCAAAGAAUUGAUGCGAAGUGUUUUCAGCGCUUGGUGAGUCUCAUAAACGCCUGUCUCAACCAAAACUGCCCUUUCGGUCUUUUCAAAGAAAUCCCAUCGAAGAUAUUCUCAAAACAAAAAAGGUUUUUGAGGAAAACAGGUCCGAAAAUGAAUUUUUCAAACGGUGAAAACAUAGUUGGCGAUGGUAAGAAGAGGUCCUACAUUGACGCGUCUGCCAUGUGCUCCCACCAUAACUGCAAGCAAUUUCAACCAUUCUCAGUCAACUAUCGUCGCUGUAACGUCAAGCAUAAGUGCUACUCCGGAUGA